AAAAAUUGAGUGGUUUUCAGAGGGUUUAGGCGAUCAGAGGGGGGAAAAAAGAACGCAAAUUGUUUUGUUUUUGGUGAGAAAAAUAAACUGACAAUUCAAGAGAAAAUCCCAGAUGGCUUCUGCUUGAUGAGCACAGAGAAGAUUUCCCUUCUGUUUUCUGGGGAAAAUAUGGGGUAGAAAAUGGAAGUGAGUAUUUUUUUUUCUCGUCUGGGAAGAGAAUUUUCAUUUUGGUUAGUUGUUUCUGCGAUCUUAAGUUUGGUUUCGAGUUUCAUUUUUUGAGUGAAAAGUUCAUAGCUUAUAGGGUCCAAUCAUCUGAGUUUAGUCGAGACAUUGAUUGAUAUAAUCACAUAUACUUUCAAUCGCUUGGAAAUUGAUUCAUUGCUUAUAAUGUGUUCGAUGUGGUUCCAUCUUUGAAACAUGGUAUUGCAGAAGAGGUUAGACUAUGGAUUCAAUGGCUAUCAGGUGCCCACUAUUCCUCGAGCAACCAGAUCAGCUAGGAAAAGGGUUCCAUUUAGAAAGAGAGUUGAAGGCAACCGAAUUAGUGCAUUUGAUUUACUGGCCACUGUAGCUGGGACGUUAUUGCUAGAUAAAGAAAGUUCUCCUGCAUCUAAUAAAGCAUGGAAUGCUGAAGAUCAGUCUGCAGUUGAAAAAAAUAAUGUAAAAGAGGAAAGGCAGGAUGGAGAUCAGUCAUUGAAGCUAGAAACUUGCAAUGUUUCUGAACUUGUUCCCCAAACUAACGACCCAAAUUAUAGUUCUAGGGAAUCCCCUAGCCUACAAAAUGGCACCCAAUUUGGAGUUACUUCUGCCAUAACAACUUCCGAAAGACUCGAUUCUCAGAAGUUGAUAAAUGGAAAAAUCAAGAAUGAAAUGGGAGGUUUGGCUUGUAAGGUAGAGACAGGUCCAUUUGUUUCCAGGACACCUGGUGAUUGUGUUGAACCAGUUUCUGAAAAUAAAGUGUUGACGGAUGAGGAACUGGAUAGAACUAAUAAGGCUUCAUCUGGGGAAGUGGCUGAUAAAUGCCCCUUAGAGGAUCCACUUGUCUUGGAUGGUAAACCCCCUGCUGUAGUUAGCUCAGACAGUAGUAUUAAGGCACCUUCAUUUGGGGAACACGACCCCUUUAUUUCCUUUCCCAUACAGCAGUAUGAUGUAAAUGUAGUCAGUAGAGAUGAUGAUGAAAAAUCUUCUGGGUGUACUCACCCUAGCCCCAUAAGAGAACCAUUUAGGUCAACCCCUCGGAUUGGAGACCGAAGAAUUAGGAAGAUACUGGCUUCUAGAUACUGGAAAGUAGCUCUGAGAUCAAAGAAUGCAACAUAUUCCAAUUAUGAUGAGAAUUUGAAAUCGGGUUACUGCAAUAGGAGCACUUAUAAACGCCUAAGGUCUGGAAGGAACUUCCCCUUCAAAAAAAGAAAGUUUUUGCACUAUACCUCAGAGUCAAACUCAGAUGGAGGAACCAUCGGUGAGGGCAUUUCUGAUUUACCUGAGAAGAACAUCAAUGGAAAAGCUUCCAUUCUAUAUUCAAAGAUGCAUGGAGUCACUGGAGAAUCAUCUUCACUAGCAGACCAACGCAAAUCAUUCAACUCUAGGGAUCCUCAUGUGAAGCUCAGGAUCAAAUCUUUCAGGGUACCGGAAUUAUUUAUUGAAAUUCCAGAAUCUGCAACUGUUGGUUCUUUGAAGAGGACUGUUAAGGAGGCAGUAACAGCGAUACUUGGAGGUGGAUUGUGUGUUGGUGUACUGCUUCAAGGAAAGAAGGUUAGGGAUGAUAAUAAAACUCUGCUGCAGACGGGAAUUUCUCGUGAUAACCAGAUGGAUUCUCUGGGUUUUAGCCUGGAGCCUAACCCAUCACAUACUUCCCCUUCUUUAUGCCCUGGAGGUUCUCCCUUAACACUUCCCCAUGACAUACCUCUACCACUAGCUAGGUAUCCGGCAAAUCCUGGUUUAGUUAAUCAGGUUACUUGUCAUCCCUCAACUGAGCCUUGCAUACCCAAUGCGUGCGACUUUAUUGAGAGCAACAAUGAUUGUACGGCCUCACCUACUGACAUGUUUGACAAAAGCACAACUGAAUCAAAAGCAUUGGUAGCUGUACCAGCAAUGAGCGUGGAAACAUUAGCUGCAGUUCCCGUUCAUAAGAAAUCCAAGCAAUCUGAAGUUGCACAGCGAAGAAUUCGUCGACCUUUCUCUAUUUCUGAAGUUGAAGCCUUGGUUCAGGCCGUUGAGAAACUUGGAACUGGAAGGUGGCGUGAUGUUAAACUAAGAGCUUUUGAUAAUGCGAAGCAUCGCACUUAUGUUGAUUUGAAGGAUAAGUGGAAAACACUACUGCACACGGCAAGAAUAUCCCCGCAGCAAAGGCGGGGAGAGCCGGUACCCCAAGAACUCUUGGACAGGGUUCUAAACGCCCACACCUACUGGUCUCAGCAGCAAGCCAAGCAGCAGCAGCAGCAGCUGCCAGAGAGCUGCCUUCCCCAUUAUAACUCUACAAUGAUAGGUAGUGGCCGAUGUGAUGAUGACGAAAAUAUCUUAGGUUGAUUAUGGGUUUAGGAUUUUUUUUUUAAUUUCCUGUAUGUUUAUUAUGAUUAUGUAAAAAAUAAUAGGUAUGACAAGGAUGAAAUAGAAGUACCAAGAAAUCUAUGUAAUAUUUUAUGGUCUGCUCUUAGCUUAUGAUUAUUCUCUUGCAACAAAGAUAUUUGGCCCUUCUGUGAAUGGUUGAUUAAAUAAAGGCUUGUUGACUGUAUUAAACUUCACAUAA